CUCCGCGUUUCGCAAUCGUGACCUGCGAAUGUGUGACCUUUAUCUCCCUUUUGACUCUGUGCUGUCCUUGUGUGACGCAUGUCUGUCUGUUGUUAGUGGCUCCAGUAUUUCUUCUCCAUAUGGUCAAGAUCCAGUGUGUGUUCGCUACCAAGUCCUUCAUGCCAUGGUAUACCAUGGUAUACAACCUCAGCCUCGCACGGAUUGUCUGACGGUGCUGUAUGCCCUCGCGGCCUCGCAUCGCCUGCUGUGAAGAUUAUCACUACUGAGUGCAGGUUAUCGAUUUCCUUGUUUCGAAAAAAUUGUCCGGAACCAAUCAAUCGAUUCAAUCGAUUGAUUUUGUUUGUUCGGAAUCCCGCGUUGCGGCGCUCAAUCAACAUCUCCUUUCCCUGAAGACUAAGUCAGUCCAUAGUCCUCAUACAAUAUUACUAAUAAGUAAUAUAGGGUCAAGGAGCAACAGCAGCGGGAGGCUUAGCCGCUAUGGCCACCCUUACAGUCCUAGCGGCGGUAGGACUGAUCGUUCUGGCACUGGCCGACGACACCCUGCAAGAAACACUUGCCGACAAUCUCCGGGAACUGCCCCUGCCCAGCUUCGUCGGCAUUCAGCUCGUUGAUUCAGCGUUCAUUCAGGACACGUGGCAAUUUUUUCGCCGUGAGGCACUACAGAAACGGACUUUCUGGGUGCUGGCCGCCGUGCUGGUGGCCUACGAAUUGUACAAGUUGCUUGUAAAGCCACUGCGUGUGGUGAGACGUCUCGAGGAUAGAGGAUACGUACCGGACCAGGACGAGAGUACGCUAAAAGACACGGCUGCCGAUGUAGCGAGGAGGAGGCAGCGGGGUGAUCUACCGCCCGUCUAUCCUAACGGCUGGUUCAGGAUUUGCGACUCUGGAGAUCUUGCAAUUGGCGAAGUGAAAACGUUCACUUUGCUUGGAGAGAGCAUAGCCGUGUUCCGCGGAGAGAAUGGCACCGUGUACGCAGUGGAAGCUUACUGCCCUCACCUGGGUGCCAAUCUGGGCAUUGGGGGAAGGGUCAUCGACAAUUGCAUAGAGUGUCCGUUUCAUGGCUGGACGUUUCGCGGUGAUGACGGCAAGUGUGUGCGAAUACCGUACGCCAAGAAAGUGCCGGAGAUUGCAAAAAUCAAACCAUGGACCAUACUGGAGGUAAACAAGCUCAUCUAUAUCUGGCACCAUGCAGAGAAAUGUGAACCUGAUUACCUGCCGGAGGAGAUUGAAGGAAUUGUGGAUGGCUCGUGGAGAUGCCAUGGUUUCAGCGAGCAUAUGAUCAACGCACACAUUCAGGAGGUACCGGAGAAUGCUGCCGACGUGGCCCAUCUGAGUCACCUUCACGGCCCAUUCCUGAUCCAGGGCGUUGAUCUGCGCUACACAAACAAGCCCAGCGUGACCAGUGCGCUACGUCACGGCUGGUCGGCAGAGUGGAGUGCUCUACCGGCGCCCGAGGCACACAUCGGUGUGCUGAAUCUCUCUCACUAUCUCACCGUGUUUGGCUUCAGGGUGCCGGGCACCACUAUCGACGUGGAAGCUCGUCAGAUUGGUCCAUCCAUAGUGCACCUGCACUUUGACCAUUGCAUAUUCGGCAAAGGUGUACUGCUGCAGGAGUUAUCACCUGUUGAGCCACUGCUACUCAAGAUGACUCACCAGGUAUGGGGCUCGCCUUGGAUGCCAUCGUUCAUCGGCAAACUGUUCCUGUGGGGUGAAUAUCAUCAGGUGGAGCGUGAUCUGAUGAUUUGGAACAACAAGCGCUACGUCUCUAAGCCAAUGCUGGUCAAGGAGGAUGAGCUGAUUGGCAAGCAUCGCCGCUGGUACAGCCAGUUCUACUCCGAGAACAGUCCUCGCUACACGGCAGCCAGAACCAGUCUGGACUGGUGAUGUAUGCGUGUGUGUGUGUGUGUGUGUAUGUGUGUGUGUGUGUGUGUGUGUGUGUGUGUGUGUGUGUGUGUGUGUGUGUGUGUGUGUGUGUGUGUGUGCAUGUUCAAUGAUGUCAACCGCUUUACCCAACAUCCACCCGUUAGCUAGCCGAAGCAAAUUCCAACAUGUAUGUCUCAAUUGCCUGCAACGGCUCAGCCAGCAUGCUGGAGUCGUGAUUACAACAUGUGUGCAGUACUUGUGUAGCUUAGUAUAAUCCUUCUCCUUCUCUGUUGUCUGUUUGCGUUUGUUUGUGCGCACGUGUAAGAACGCUUGUUUGGUGUAAGCUGUAGCUGUAGGUACCCCUACCCCUGCCCUACCCCUGCCCUGCCCCUACCCCUACCCUGCCCCUAUCCCUGCCCCUGCCCUGCCCCUACCCCUGCCCUACCCCUACCCUGCCUUGCGGUGACUGUCAUGAGUCUAGUGUGUUUGCAGCAGUGUCUGAUGCUCGGCUUGCUCGUUGCUCCUUACAAUAUCUCCUUCUCGUUUGAUGUUAGCGCUGCCAGAUUUCUGGCUGGUUUGAUUGCUUGUUGCAACUGCCUUGGAAUGUCGUGAUAACAUGCAAUUGCUACCUGUGUGCUGGCUGCGGAUUCCUCUUCUUUGUCGUCUUCGUGAUAUCAUAGAAAUAUCUUGCCUUCGCCUUGUACCAGGUCUUGGACACCCUCGCCAAAUGUGAAUGCCUGCUAUUCCUCUCAGGGCUUACCGUCUAACGUUAUCAUCUUGUCAAGCUCUAUGCUAAUCUCAUUAUUACUGCAAGCGGCCCGGCCCGCUCAUUAUCUCUUCCUAAGAUCGGCACUAAAUGCUUGCACUGCAUGAUCAAUUGCUUAUCCUUGCAGUGCAGGGGCACACUCCUUUUUGAGCCUUUACAGAAGUUACUGGAAUUCAUCCGAAUAUUUUUUUCUGCUGUAUGACUUGAUGCUGUGUCGGGCUUGAUGCUGUUUAGCUUCAGGCUGCAUGGCUUCAGUUCACUCGUACUUCAA